CGAAUCCCUACCACAACGAUUUUUCCAAUUACACAGUGCAUUGGCUAAGGGUCUCGACGCCUUGCUUGUAUUGCUUCUCUAAGCCAGCUGCACUAAAAUGCCAAGUUGCGUUUAAGGUAACAUAGAAUAGACCAAAUGGAGAUUGAGCUGGAGGAGAUCGAGCGGCAGCUGCGGGGCGCCAAAGGGGUUCCCAGCGCAGAUAAGCUCAUCAAGUACCUGCGGCUGAUGCGCGAUCUCCGCAUACGCGACUCACCAACGGUCGCACGUUACGGCAAUAUACUUUUGCGGCACUUCAAGAGCCACCUGUCGGAGGAGGAACUGUGGACGGUCCACGAGCAGGUUGCCUUCGCGGCCCUGGAUAGCCAUGCUCUGCAGUUUGCGGCCUCCGUCAUUCAGGCCAUCAAUCGCCGCUUCCCGGAGAGCGUCCGAGCCAAGCGGCUUCAGGGCAUGUACUACGAGGCUGUUGGCGACUACACUCACGCUGAGGGAAUUUACCGCGAUCUGCUGGGCCAGGACCCAGCGAACGAAAUGAUUUUGAAGCGCAUGGUGGCUCUGGAGCGAAGUCGGGGCAACGUGAACGCUGCGAUAGAGGCACUGCGCAAGUACCUGGACACGUUCGCGAACGACAAGGAGGGCUGGGAGGAGCUUGCAGAAUUGUACUUGGAGGUCCAGAACUACCGUCAAGCGGCCUUCUGCUACGAGGAGUUACUGAUGCACGUGCCGGGCAACAGCAGCUACUACGUGCGAUACGCUGACAUCUUGUACACCACCGGCGGCCCCACUAAUUACAAGACGGCGCGCUCUUAUUACGCUAAGGCAAUCGAGCUGACGGCGGGCGGAAGUUUACGGGCUCUGUUUGGCGUGUUAGCGUGCUCCGCCCACAUAACCGACAAGGUCGCGCUUCAGGAUGCACGUAGUCGCGCGCAAAUUGAGCUGCCAGAGGUCACUUCGCAAGCAUUGCUACGAAUUUACAAACAGCAUGCACCGGACAAGUUACCCUUCGUGGAGCCUAUCCUGGCAAAGCUGCUCAGCGGGCAUGGGCAAGGCAUAUGACUCUGAAAGUAGUGCGACGAUUUUUAAUGAAACUGUUGGUGCUGUAAAGCUGAGUAGC